AUGCUUCUUUCCCUCUACCUAUCUCUCUUCACCGCUCCCGUGCCUCAGCGGCCCACCCGCCUCCCCACCGUCGCAGCACCCUGGUGGCCCAACCUCCUCCCCACUGUCUCUGUGCCCCGACGGCCCAACCCGCCUCCCCAUCGUCCCCACACCCCGGCGGCACAACCCACCUCCCCACCGUCCACGCUCCCCAGCGACCCAACUAGCCUCCCCACUAUCCCCAUGCCCUGGCGGCCAACCUGCCUUCCCACCAUCCCUGCGUCCCGGCAGCUCAACCUCCUCGCCACUCCCCCCACCGUCCUCCCUCCCCUCCCCGCCUCCCCACCAUUCCCGCGUCCUGGCGACCCAAUCCGUCUCCCCACUGUCCCCGCCCCCCAGCUGCCCAACCCGCCUCCCCCUCCCCACCGGUCCCCAUUCCCCGGCAUCCAACACCCAUCGCCUCCCCACCGUCCCCACUCCCCACCAGCGGACCCUAACCUAGCCUCCCCAACCGUCCCCAUGAAUUCCAAACCCGCCUCCAUCACCAUCCCGCGGAUCCCCGAUGGCCCAACCAUGCCUUCCCACUGUCCCCCAUCCCCAGCGACACAACCCACCUCCCCACCAAAACGACCCAACCCAGCUCCCCACGUUCCCCUCACUCCAGCGACCCAUCCCGGCUCCCCGUCGUCCCCACGCCUCAGCAGCCCAACCCGCGUCCCUACCGCCCUGCGCUCCUGCGGUCCAAAACCUGCCUCACCACUGUUCCUGCACCCCGGUAGCCCAACCCACCUCACCCCUGUCUCCGCACCCUGGCAGCCCAACCCACCUCCCCACUGUCCCACGCAGCCACCCAACCCGCCUCCCCACCAUCCCCACUCCCUGGCAUCCCAAAACCUGCCUCCCCACCAUCCCGCUCCCCAGCGCUCUAACUCGCCUCCCCACUGUCCCCAUGGCCCAACCCGCCUCCUCACUGUCCCCACUCACCGACACCCUAACCCGCCUCCCCACCGUCCCCACUCUCCAGCAGCCCAACCUGCCUCCCCACCGUCCUUGCACCCCGGUUCCCCAACAUGCCUUCCCACCAUCCCCACAGCCCGUCGGCCCAACCAACCUCCCCACUGUCCCUACCAUGCUCUGCCGGACCAACCCGCCUCCCCAUCGUCCCUAAGCACCUGCUGCCCAACUGCGCCCAGAUGA